AUGUCUGAACACGAAGAAGUCGUUGAAAGUGAAGAAGAGGAAACCGAUGAGGAGCAAGAAGUCGAAGAAGUUCCUCGUGAAGAACGUGAAGAACGUGAAGAACGUGAAGAACGUGAAGAACAAGAAGAGGAAGAUACUGAAGGCGUCAAAGAGUCUAGCGAUGAAACAAAACGUCGUCAUUCGUCGGCACAAAGACCCGAUGAAGGUCCAAAACAACUAACAGAAGCCGAAAUGGCUAUGAUGGCAGCAAAAAAAAGACAUGAAGAAGAAGAAGCAGCUAAAAUGCAUGAAUAUGAGGAAAAUCGACGACAAGAACGAGAACGAAUUGAUCAAGAGUUGAAAGAGUUGAAACAAAAACAACUGGAAAGGAAAAAGCAGCGUGAAGAAGAGUAUCGAGAAAUGACAGAACGGCGCAUGGAAGAGGAGAAACGAAGACAUGAAGAAGAGCUAGAAAGAAAAGCGCGAAUUGAAGCGCAGCGACGUCAAAAAGAAGAAGAACGACGUAAAAAACACGACCUUUCGAGUGGAUUUGGCGAAACAGAGAUUGAAAAGAAUUACACCGUUGAAAAAAGAGGAGAAAAUUCAAAAGUUAAAAACGCCGAAUUAAUAGCCGCUGAGAAAGAGGAAGCUAAGAGAACGUAUUUGGCCAACAUUUCUGGUCAAAAAUUAGAGACUAGCAACAUGAUGCCGAACGAUUUGAAAGUAAAAAUAAAACAGCUCCACGAUAAAAUUUGUCAGCUGGAAGCCACCAAGUUUGACCUGGAGAUGAGAAGCGAGCGUCAGGAGUACGAUCUGAAAGAACUAAGAGAACGCCAACUUCAAGUUGCCAGACACAAGGCUCUGAAAAGAGGAUUAAAUCCUGAUGAAGCAGCUGCUUCUCUACAUCCGCCCAAAGUUAACGUUGCUUCAAAGUUUGAUCGACAAAUUGACCGACGUUCUUACAGUGAUCGACGCGAUCUUUAUGAACACCCGAUAAUACCAAAACCACCAAAAAUAGUUCAUGGUACUGCAAAACCACCACCAGAAUGGGGACGUCGUGAUAUUGAAGAGCUGGAUGUUAUUAGAAAAAUGACAGAUCGUCGACAAUACGUCGAAGUGGUAAAAGCAGAAGGCGAUGCAGCUAAGCCACCGGUCAAUCCAAUUCCACUGCAGUUGCCAGAUGACAGUGAUCCUGAAGAACCUGUGAAGGAAGAACCUGCAAAGAAAGAUGAAACGGCAAAAGGAGAAGUAGAGCAACCUGCAAAAAAACUUCCAAAACCAGUACCUAGUGCUAAACCUGUAUGUUUACGUUAA